AACCGCUUAUCUGCUUAUUUGUGGGGCAUGCAGUUUUAUUUGCAACAUCUGGGAUGAGGGACUCCGUGGUGAAAGCCGAGGAAGAAAGCGCUGCUAAAAUCCUUGCUCGCGCCUCAGAAUUAUGUGACCAACAUAAGAUAAAAGUAGAAUACUUGGUUUUAAGGGGAAAUCCAAAGGAAAUGCUGGUUGAAGCUGUAGACCAAAUGGAUAUUGAUCUCCUAGUUGUUGGAAGCAGAGGUCUAGGCCAGAUUAAAAGGGCUGUGCUCGGAAGCAUUAGCGAUUAUUGUGCGCACGGCGGGAAUUCAUUUCAUAUGUAUCAUAGUUGA